AUGGGCCUCUUAACGCUGCUGCAAAGCGCCAGCUUGUCGCAUAUACUGGCAUCCGCGACGACACUUUUCAUCGCAUAUUGGAUUUCAAUCUACAUAUAUCGAGUCACCUUACACCCGCUGGCGAAGUUUCCUGGUCCGAAGCUUGCAGGAGCGACCUUCUGGUACGAGUUCUACUACGAUCUGUUUCCUCAUAAGCUGCGCUUCCUCUGGAAAAUCGAGGACCUGCAUAACAAGUACGGUCCGAUCGUGCGCAUCAAUCCGCUCCAUAUCCAUAUCCGAGACCCGGAGUAUCUUGACGAUAUCUACGCCAGCGGACGCCGCAAGCGCAAUCGCGAUGAGUGGUUUUUCCAUUCUUCAAAGACCAGUCCCAUGGGAUGGUCAUUGUUCAACACAGUCGAUCACGAUGUCCACCGGGUGAGGCGCGCCGCGCUGAGUCCUUUCUUCAGCAAGCGGUCGAUUCAAGCUUUGGAGGGACGCGUUGUGGACAAAAUCGAUAUUUUGGUGGCUCGUAUCGCGGAAGCUCGUCAGACCGGAGAAACUGUAAACUUGCUAUUCGCGGCAGGUGCUCUGACUAUGGAUGUCAUCUCCGCUUACGCGUUUGGAAAAGAUUGGAACAAGUUGGGCGAACCCGACUGGGCGGAGGAGGAGCUGGAGGGCUACGCCAAAAUGGCUCAGAUGGGACCUUUCGCUCGUCAAUUCCCAUGGGUAGCUAAAGCGGUCAUUAUGUUGCUUCCACCUAAGUUGGUUACGAAGCUCAGUCCAGCUGCUGCACUAGUACCAAGGAACAGAGCCCUGUUCAAGGGGAUGAUCCAAACUGCGAUCGAAGAGGAACAAAACGGCCAUCUUGAGAAGUCUGCUACCCGCUCUAUAUUCCAGGAUAUUCUUGAGAGCAAUCUACCACCCAGCGACAAAACCCCUGCUCGCCUUUCGGCGGAGGCAGGCUUGCUUGUCAUGGCAGGAACCGAAACGACGGCGAGAUCUUUGGCCGUAAUUCUGUUCUUGCUUCUUGACACCCCGAAUGUCUUGGAUAGAGUGAGGAAGGAACUGGCACAUCAUAUGCCCCAUCCUGACUCCCGCAUUUCCUUGGCUGAACUAGAAGCCAUUCCUUAUUUUUCUGCAAUGAUCACCGAGGGCGUUAGGCUAUCUCAUGUUGUUUCGAGUCGCAUGCCAAGAUACGCUCCAGAGGAAGAGCUCAAAUACAAGGAUUGGACCAUUCCACCCGGCACAAGCGUCAUGCAAUCCCAUUAUCUCCUCCAUACCGAUCCCAAAAUCUUCCCCGAUCCCUAUACAUUCGAACCCCAACGGUGGAUUGACGAUCCUUCAUUGAAGGCAAACUACUUCUUGGGUUUCGGUCGGGGUACCAGAGUGUGCCUCGGUAUCAACCUUGCUAAUGCAGAGCUUUAUCUAACGGUCGCCUAUAUAUGUGCUCGGUUUGAUAUGGAACUAUUUGAGACGGAAAGAGAGCGUGAUGUAGAUGUGGUUAUGGAUUCUGUUAUUGGACAACCUAGUCUGGAGAGCAAGGGCAUCAGGGUCAAGAUCACCAAAGACAGACUCAGGGAUUAG